ACGUGGAAAAACGCAUGGGAAGCCGUCUUCGAAAUAUAAAAAAGAUCGCAAAGCUCGGUGGAAAAGGCAAACUAACCGAUGCUUUAAUUAAAAAGUUAACAAAAUACUAUGGUCUUGCUAUACGAAGAAAUGCCAAGUCGAAAGAUGAUAUGAAAAAAGCUAUUAUGGCCACGUAUUAUCAUUUAAUAUCUACCGAUGAAAAGCCCCAGCAUCAGUUCUGCCCUACUGGCAUCGACUCGUGGUGUCAAUACAACGCUGCACAAGCCAAUAAUAUUUCUUAUGAGCAUCCAGCUCCACUGCACGUAGAUGUACAAAAAAGCAUAUUACCUAUCUACGAAGAUUUGUCACGAGAUGACUUGCUUGAGCGUUGUGUUGGCGGUUUUACUCAAAACGCAAACGAAUCUUUCAAUUCAACUCUCUGGCGUCUAGCUCCGAAGCACUUGAAUUGUGGCGCAAAAAUUAUUGAAAUCGCAGCUUUUUUAGUUGGAGGAAUCUUCAAUGAUGGCUAUUUAUUCGUACUUAAAGUCAUGAGGGACCUGGACUUGACAAUAGGCUUGGAAUGCAAGAAUUUUGCGGACUCGUACGAUAGCAAUCGAGUGAAGAGGCAAGAGCGGCGCUCGUUAAAUUCGUCAAAAGAGGCUAGAACUGCCCAGAAAGAAAAAAAUGCUGCUGAAUUAGAUGAUUUUAUUGAAGAAGAAGGCUUGCUUUAUGGACCUGGUAUCGCAGAUUAGCUUAGUUGAUUACAAGAGGCUGG